CGGGGGCGCUGGCUGCGCGCUGGGCUGGGACUGGCCUGGGACUCCCGUGGCGGGCUCGGGCCCGAGGAACUCCCACAGCCCGCGGGGCAUCGCCCUCGCUCGCUCCCCACCUCCUCCCCCCGCACCGGGGGAGGCGGCGUGUCUGGCCGAGGGUUGUGGGGCGCGGGGCAGGGCUGGAGCGCCAUGAGCAGCCCGGAUGCGGGGUACGCCAGUGACGACCAGAGCCAGAGCCGGAGCGCGCUGCCCGCGGUGAUGGCCGGGCUGGGCCCCUGCCCGUGGGCCGAGUCGCUGAGUCCUCUCGGGGACAUGAAGGUGAAGGGCGAGGCGGCGGCGAGCAGCGGGGCGCCGUCGGGGGCCGCGGGCCGGGGCAAGGGCGAGUCUCGGAUUCGGCGGCCGAUGAACGCCUUCAUGGUGUGGGCGAAAGACGAGCGCAAGCGCCUGGCGCAGCAGAACCCGGACCUGCACAACGCCGAGCUGAGCAAGAUGCUGGGCAAGUCGUGGAAAGCGCUGACGCUGGCGGAGAAGCGGCCCUUCGUGGAGGAGGCGGAGCGGCUGCGCGUGCAGCACAUGCAGGACCACCCCAACUACAAGUACCGGCCGCAGCAGCACCCGGCGGGCCCCGGGCAGCCGUCGCCCCCUCCGGAGGCGCUGUCCUGCCGGGACGGUGCGGACCCCAGCCAGCCCGCCGAGCUCCUCGGGGAGGUGGACCGCACGGAGUUCGAACAGUAUCUGCACUACGUGUGCAAGCCCGAGAUGGGCCUCCCUUACCAGGGGCACGACUCGAGCGUGAGCGUCCCCGACGGCCACGGGGCCAUCUCCUCCGUGGUGUCCGACGCCAGCUCCGCGGUGUAUUACUGCAGCUAUCCUGACGUUUGACGGCCCCGCCUCGACCCGGCCUGCGGGCCAGAAGCGCAAACAGUGUUACACGCUUCCCGGAGGAGCUAAGGAAAUCCUUGGCCUCAUGUUUUGUUUUGUUUUGUUUUGAAGUUGCCUUGGCAUAUAAUUUAUGGUAAUUUAUUUUGUCUGACACUUGAACAGUUGGGGGGAGAAAAAUGUGAGGUCGUGUUAAGAUUUGUUCAGAUACUUGUUUCCCACAGCGUCGUCUUUGCCAAAACCCCUUCCAAGUUCAAGUUGACCAGUUUUCAAAGUCCCAGAGCGACUUGUUCCACUUCCUGAAAAUUUAUUGAUCAAAAAAAUUUUUGUCUCGGGUGUCAUUUUUCAAUCUUAAAAAAAAAAUAAAAUAAAAUCUGGACUCCUA